AUGUCCAAGGCAGACAAGAAACCAGUCGGAUUUGCAACGCACAUCACCGCCGGGGGCAUGGCUGGCGCGAUGGAGGCGCUCUGCUGCCAACCUCUCGACACCAUCAAGGUCCGAAUGCAACUCUCCAAGUCAGGCAUGGCUCCAGGGACGAAGCCUAGAGGCUUCCUCGCAACUGGAGCCAUGAUCAUGCGGCGCGAAACGCCGCUCGCGCUGUACAAGGGUCUUGGCGCUGUGCUCUCUGGCAUCGUGCCCAAGAUGGCGAUACGGUUCGCAUCGUUUGAGACGUACAAGGGCUGGCUGGCGGACAAGGAGACCGGUAAGACGAGUAUCGGGAACAUUUUCAUCUCUGGUCUUGCUGCGGGUACGACUGAGGCGGUGGCCGUCGUGUGUCCCAUGGAGGUGGUGAAAAUUCGCCUGCAAGCACAGCAACACUCCCUUGCCGAUCCUCUUGAGGCGCCAAGAUAUCGCAACGCUGGUCAUGCCGUAUACACCAUCCUUCGCGAGGAGGGAUUUCUAACGCUCUAUCGCGGUGUCUCCCUGACCGCCCUUCGGCAAGCAACGAAUCAGGGUGCGAACUUUACUGCGUACCAGGAGCUCAAGAAGUUGGCGCACAAAUAUCAGCCCGACAGAACUGAGCUUCCGUCGUAUCAAGUUAUGAUGAUCGGUCUCAUAUCCGGGGCGAUGGGUCCGUUCUCCAAUGCGCCCAUCGACACUAUUAAAACGCGCUUGCAGAAGGCACCUGCACAGCCCGGGAAGACAGCGUUCCAGCGCAUAUCAGCUAUCGGGGCGGAAAUGUGGAGGCAGGAGGGCGUGCGGUCGUUCUACAAGGGUAUCACGCCGAGAGUGCUGCGUGUCGCUCCUGGCCAGGCCAUCGUGUUCGCCGUGUACGAGCGCGUGCGGACGAUCAUCGAGCGCAUCAACGUCGACGAUAACGACACAUACUCGGAGUAA